AUGUUCAACAACACUAUCAACAAGUUGUUUAUAUUGCUGUUGUUGUACUUGUGUCAUGUCAUUGUUGGACUUGUCAUGUUCAUCAAGACCGGAAUUUGCAACUUCUCAGAGUUCAAGAUUUACCCAGCCAAGGGUAUCAAGUACGUUCGUGGCGACUCGAAGACUUUUACCUUCAUCAACGCCAAGAACGAGUCGUUGUUCUUCAGAAAGAUCAACCCAAGAGAUGUCCCCUGGACCUCUGUCUACCGCAGAAUCAACAAGUCUGUGUCGGUCGAGACUAACACCAAGAAGAAGACCAAGAAGACCCAGAAGUUCGAGCGUUCGAUCGUCGGUGCCUCUCUUGAGGUCAUCAAGCAGAAGAGAGAGCAGAAGCCAGAGUUCCGUGCUGCUCAGCGUGAGGCUGCUCUGAGGGAGAUCAAGGAGAAGAAGAAGGCUGCCGCCACCGCCAAGCCAGCUGCCAAGCCCGCCGCCAAGACCGUCGCCAAGGCUGCCAAGAAAUAA